AUUUUGUAUGUGUCCCAUCUUCAUAGGACUUUUGGGUUAACUGUGAACAACAUAAAAAAAAAUGCGCAUCGGCGAAAAAAUCGGCACGAGAGAGGUUACACGGUUCUAUGAAGAUGCAAAUUUUAAAGAUUUUUCCUGGAAUAUUGUUAAAGAAUUGCAGCCGGAGCUCGUAUCCGCGGUAUUUACGCACAGUAUAAUUUAUAUGCGCGACCAUGUCAGGCCUCUUCGAGGUGGCGGCGGGUCUGAUAGCCCUGGGCCUGGCUGUCUACUACUAUCUCAGCUCGAACUUGGACUUUUGGAGCAAACUCGACGUGAAGGGCCCGAAGCCUGUGCCGCUCUUCGGCACAACGAGCGACGUGCUGCUGGGCCGCUUGUCCCUGUUCCAAUACGCGGCUCGGGAGUACGGCCGGUUCCGCGACGAGCCUCUCGUCGGGAUCUUCUCCUACCGCAAACCCAUUCUGCUGCUGCGCGACCCUGAUCUCAUCAGAAACGUCCUCGUGAAGGACUUCUCGGUGUUCAGCUGCCGAGGAAUGAAGGCCGCCACCAAGGCCGAGCCUCUGGCGCAGCACCUCGUCUUCCUCGAGCCGGAACGCUGGCGACCGCUCAGGUACAAGCUCUCGCCGGCCUUCACCUCCGGCAAACUCAAGGAGAUGUUCUACCUGCUGAAGGAGUGCGCCCAGCACCUCGACAGACUGCUCGAGGACUGCGUGGCGAGGGACCCGGUGAUCGAGUGCCGGGAGCUCGCCGGCAAGUUCACCACCGACGCAAUCGGCGUCUGCGCCUUCGGCCUCGAUAUGCACGCCAUCGACGGCGAGGACAAUGAGUUCCGGAAAACCUCCCGCAAGAUGUUCUCCACAUCGAUCCUCAAUCGAAUCAGGAUCCAUCUGAAGAUCACCGCCCCUUGGCUCUUGGAUCUGCUCAGUCCCAUCUUCUACGACCGCGAGAUGAACGACUUCUUCAUCGACACCGUCGCCCAGACCAUGGACUACAGGAAGAAGAACGGCGUCAAGCGGCACGACUUCAUCGACCUGCUCAUGGACAUCAGGGACAACCCGAGCAAGGUCAACGACAUCGAGAUAACGGAAACUUUGAUCGCCUCCCAGGCGUUUGUCUUCUUCCUGGCGGGCUUCGAAACUUCCUCGACGACCAUAAGCAACGCACUCUACGAAAUGGCUCUGAAUCCAUCGAUCCAGGAUAAGCUUCGCGAGGAAAUCCUCGAAGAACUGAAGAAGCAUAACGGAGAAAUGACGUACGAGAGCAUCAAAGGCAUGAAGUACCUGCACAAAAUUUUCUGCGAAACUCUGAGGUUAUAUCCACCUGCUGGCCUCCUUUCAAGACGCUCGCUGGAACCGUACACCUUUGCCGGAACGAAAGUGACGAUACCUAAAAAUACGUCGGUGGUGGUUCCGAUUUUUGGGAUUCACCACGAUCCGGAGAUUUAUCCCCAACCGGAUAAAUUCGAUCCCGAAAGAUUUGACGAGGAGGCUGUAAAUCAUAGACAUCCGUCAUUCUAUUUGCCUUUCGGCGAUGGCCCGAGAAACUGCAUUGGUUCACGUUUCGGCACUUACCAGGCGAAGGUUGCACUCGUGCAAAUCUUGAAAAGUUACAAGGUAGAGGUCUGCGAUCAAACUGUUAUACCGUAUGUAAUUGAUCCAAAAACAGUAAUAUUGUUAGCACCACGGGGAGGUAUCAAGUUGAAGUUCAAAAAGAUCAAGUAGUUACUUAGUCACGCAAACUCAAAAUAUUCGUAUACUUUUAUAAAUUCUCGCAUACCGAAUAUAAUAUAAGAUCAACGCUUUGUUGUGCUGUUAUGAGAGCAGUUUUCUCAAUUUAUACUGCAAUUAUAUUAUUAUAUAUACUCAUAA